CUGAAGGCUCGUAAGCCGUGAGAUAUUCUUCAGAUAUUUCUCAUCAAUCUGUAUCCUGUUACAACCUGUAUGUAUAGUUAGAGAUAGGACUAGGUUCAGCCAACAUGAUUGUCUUCAUCCUUAUUGUAGGAUUAAAUGUACAGGGUGGAUAUACAUCUCCUAUAUCUCUAACAAGCGUAAACAAACACAACGUGGAUUUGGAUUUGGUAGAAAAUGAAGGAAACCCUGAGAACUUGAAUUUAGAUUUCAGAUCUGCUGACUUUGGUAUUGAUGGAUACAAACAGUUUAUCAGCACUAAAACAGAAGAGUUUGACAAGGAGACAAAAGAAAUGAAUAAACAAAUGGAAGCAAUGGAGGGAGAUCUUCUUGCGAAACUUUCUCAGCUAGAGACACAGUUAGAAAAUAAGCAACAGGAGGAGAAAACUCUUAAGCAGGAAAUGGAUAAGAUGGGAAUUCAGGAUUCUGAAGAUUUCGACAAGUUGGUGGGAGAGAAUAUUGUAGAUUCAAAUGAUGUCGGAGAGAAAAUAUCUGAGAACAUGAUUAUAUCUCCUUAUUGGAUAAAAGAUUUGUCUGAAUGGGAAGAGAUUAAAAACUCAACAGUUGCCGGGCCCUACCAUAUACUUCAAUAAAAAAUUGUAUUAUGAAAAA